CGACAUCGAAAUAGGUCGACAAAUCCGAGAAACAAAUGUUACCCUAGACAGUCUCGCAGUUCAGUGAUUACCGUUUGAAAACACUUUAGUUAUCCGGCGAAGCAAUCGUCAGGGGCUGCCGAAGGCCUUUUCAACCGAAUUAUUAUCCGCAGAUUGGGAAGGCAAGCAUCUGUAGCUCUGCCAUGAAAGCCUGGGUGAAAUCGCUCCUGCUCCUCGCCUCUACCUGCGGGUACAUCUUCCUAGGCGGCUGCACUUUCAUGGCUCUGGAGCACCAGCAACCCACGGCAACCCAUAAGGAGCUUACCCGUCAAGUCGCCGGCUUCCUGGCCAACCACAGCCACUGCGGUAUGGUGGAGGAUCGUCUGCGGGACUUUUUGGAGAACUCUGUAGCCACGGCUUAUGGGAAUGGAGUGUUGCUGUCUCACGCUCAUCCGGCCAGGGGCGUCCAGGACAUCUGGACAUUUUCGAAUGCCUUUGUUUUUGCAUUCGAAGUCGUGACUACUAUCGGUGAAGGAGUGAUGGUGCCCAGGACAUCUAAAGGUCGUCUAUUCGCCAUGGUCUACGCCGCUAUCGGUGUCCCCCUUUGCUACUUAAUGCUGUCCGCAGUGGGGGACACCUUUUAUUUCACGUGGAGGAAACUGCGCCAUCUCUUCUCCCGUAUACGGCAACGAACCAUUCGCGUGGCCCUGGGAGUUUCCUGUACCCUGAUCGUCUUGCAUCUAGUCCUGUCCGACUUCCCAGCUAUCCUCGUGUCCACGCACCAAGGAUGGGACUUUUUCACCUCGCAGUAUUACUGCUUCAUGGUCCUAAGCACUGUGGGCCUGGGGGACCUGUCCCGCAAGCGGCAAAUGCAAGAAUCGGAGGAAAUGGAAUGGGUUAAGCAUGCACUCUCGGUGCUUUACGACCUGCUCUGCCUAAGUAUCGUCUCCGUUAUCUACAAAGGUGUGAACGAGUACCGAGAGCAAGUCCGGAAGGAGGAGGCGAAUCAGGAGGAGCAAUCUAGGGCAGACAGACGGGGAGACGAGGCGUCAUCGUCUACUCACUGCAGUAAAUCCAUCGAUUCAAGCUUCGAACUGGGCAAAAUCGAGUUCAUUGAACUCGGAGCUGGCCCAGACUCUGGACGGGGUUCGUUGUCCCUAUUCAACAGUUAAAAAAGCUCCUGACCAACUAGGAUAUGGAACUUGCAACGGUAUCUGUCAAGAAAUCUCAAAUCGAACGCACUUGCUUUUUUUUUUUUUUUACGUUUUCAUCGCUGUUAUAUUGAUGAAUCCCAAAUCGGCUGAUUAAUGAAGCAGGAAAGAGCAUUAAAAAAAAAAAAAUAAUUAAAUGAAAAUCACAUGCCUAGGCUGGAAUCAAUUAAGGUAAAAAUCCUGCCCCGAACCUUUACAAACAUUAUGGCACAAACUCACACAGGCACCGUUUUCAGGCUUUCACUUAGAUUUAUUUAGGGGACGUUUCAUUAUGAAGAUCCGUCAUUGAGUCAACGAUUGCUGGACGAGUGUAGUAUACUAUUUCGGACCGCAUACCUAAUGUGUUUUUACAUCGCUGAAGUCAUUAGACAAGCGUUAACGUACAGCAGAGAGGAAGGAGCAGGAGGUUCGUGAUGUCAUUAGCCCGCGUCCGAAAAAGAAAUUGGUUACGGCCGGGCCGGCAACAACACAGCUCGGCCGAGCUGCAAAAUUUGCAACGUGAAGCAAACGUUAUGAAUAUAUCAAUUUGGUUCGACAUUAUAGGCUUGUUAAUGGUGUUAAGCCAGUGAGAAGUUUUAGUCGAAGACUAAAGUGUUACUGCGUGGCUAUGGCCAAGUAAUUUAGAGGUAGCCUCUAUUUUACGGUGGUUGUUCGUUCAUUGAUGUCUAAUAGCGUACAGGUGCACUCUAAAAAAAAAAAAAAAUGGUCAGACUUGACUAGAAACCAGUUAAAUUGGACCAGUCAUUCAGGGUAAGCUGGGUGCAAAUAAAAAUCAGUCAAUCUUA